AUGGUAGCGUCUUCAUUGAGAAGUUUUAUUAAGGAUGUGCGUGGUGCAAAGACGUUAGCUGAUGAAAGAUCAAUUAUAACUAAACAAUCUGCAAAGAUAAGAACCAAAUUAAGAGAUGACCAUUUAUCUAAUGAAAAGAAAAGAGUUAAUAUCCAAAAGUUGUUAUAUUUGUAUAUUCUUGGUGAAAAGACUCAUUUUGGUCAAGUGGAAAGUAUUAAUCUAAUUGCAUCUGAUAAUUUUGUUGAUAAGAGACUUGGUUAUUUAGCUACUAUAUUAUUACUAGAUGAAUCUCAAGAUUUAUUAACUUUAUUGACUAAUAUGUUAAACAAUGAUUUACAACAUCCAAAUAAAUAUAUCGUAGCUUUGGCAUUGAAUACCUUGGGGUGUCUAAGUUCUACAGAGUUAGCAAGAGAUCUUUAUCCUGAUGUUGAAAAUAUUCUACAGACAUCUAACGAUCCAUAUUUAUUAAGAAAAGCUCUACAAUGUAAUGCAAAACUAAUAUUUAAGGAUAGAUCCUUACUAGAGAUUUUCCCAUUAAGUAUAAUCUCUUCGAAAUUACUAGCUAAUCCAAUUGUGUGCACCCAUGGUGUUUUAUUAGGUGUUUGUAAAGUAUUACAAGCUAUCUUUAUAAGUUUAGAUGAUACGUUACAGAAAGGUAGUGAUAAAAAUGAUAAUGAAGAAGAUGAUUCAAUUGAAGAAGAUAUUCAAGAAGAUAUUACUAUUAUUAAGAGCAUCAGCGAUUUAAUACCACAACUAUCUACUCGUUUAUCCUCAUUGAAUUCCAAAAAUUUAGAACCUGCAUAUGACGUCCAGGGGAUUCAAGAUCCAUUUUUACAAUGUGAAUUAAUUGUAACAUUGAAAUGGUUUUUCAAAAUCGGUAAUCAUUUGAAUCUAGAUGAAAUCACCCAAUAUAAUAAUAAUUUUAAUGAUUUACUUACUCAGUUAGCUACCAAUACCAGUUCUGCUAAAAACCCAGGAAAUGCCAUUCUAUAUGAAGUAACAAAAUCUAUCUUUGAAUUAAAAUUGACUCAACCUUUAAGAGUACUUGGUAUCAAUAUUUUGGCCAAUUUUCUAACUCCAAGUAAAAAUUCAAAUACAGGUAACAAUGUGAAAUAUGUCGGUCUUAAUACAUUGAUUAAAGUGGUACCUGAAGAACCGGCAUCUGUUCAAAGAUAUAGAAAAUUCAUUUCUCAAUGUUUAUAUGAUUAUGAUAUCUCUAUCAAAUUUAGAGCUCUUGGCUUAACAUUUGCUAUCAUGAAUGAACAAAACAUAACUGAAUUAACAACCGAAUUGAUGAAAUUCUUGGGACAGAUAUCAAAGUCUCAUUACAGUUAUGUGACAUCGUAUAUUGAUAUGGAUGAUUCAAAGGAUCUAAUUGUUUACACUGUUGACAACCUUUUGAAAAAAUUCGAAUUAUAUUCUAAUGAUGAUGAGAAGGCUAAAUUGGAUUCUUUAUUAACAAUCCUAAAGAUGUCAGGAACUUUUAUUGAUUUGGAAAAGGCUAAUGACUUUCUGGUUGCCUUGAAUAAUAUGGACGAUUUGAACUACAAGAUUAAUACAUUUAGUAAAGAGUUAACUGAAAUAUUAGACCCCAAAAAUAAAGCAAAUACAUUGUGCGGUAAUGCUUGUCUAGAUUUGGUUAUGAUUUGGUGUAUCGGUGAAUAUACCGAUCUUAUCAAACUACAUUCAUCUACGAACAAGAAUAUUGUUAAUGACAACUCAAUCGUUAAGUAUUUGUCUGACUUAAAUAACAAGUAUAGACUGUCUCACGACACUAGAAUGAUUCAUUAUAUCUUGACGGCAGCUUUAAAACUUUCAUCCAAAAUAAUCGAUGGCCAGUCUAUGGAAAAGUUAAGACAAAUUAUUGUAAGUCAUUCGAAGGAUUCGAAUUUGAUGUUACAGACGAAAAGUGUUCAAUACGAAUUAUUUUUCAAUCAACCUGCUGCGAUGAAAAAAAUAUUUUUACAAGCUAUGCCUAAAUUUGAAAGGAAAAAUAUUAAUGUAUCUGCAGCCCAAAGUCAUAAUACCACUGGAUCCAAACCUGAAAACCAGAAUAAUGAUUUACUUCUUGAUUUACUUACAGAUACUGUUGAAAAAACAUCUCCAAAUGAUACUUCGAAACCAUUCGAAAACAAACAGCAUGAUAUUAUCGCCGAUCUUCUUGCAUCAACAGGGAAUAAAUCACAAAAUAGUAGCUCAACUAUCAAAAGUUCUCCGGUAGAAGUAGUUACAUUACCUUCUGGUGCUGUUUCAAUCCACGAUGGCGAUGAAUUACAAGUAUAUGAAAAGAUAAUUGAUAUUUCACCAGGUCUGGCUCACCUAGAACUAUACAUUAAGGCCAAAAAUAAUAAGAUAUCUAACAUCCAACCUUUAUGUGCUGUUCCAAAGACUCAAAAACUAACCUUAAGCCAAUUGCGUCCAAGUAACGAUAUAGACGUAGGUAAAGUUGUUAGACAAACCUUAAAGAUUUCUGGUUCAGGAAAAUUGAAACUCAGAAUCAAAUUGUCUUUCCAAAAAGAUGACAACCAAGCAAGCGAGAGUGAACAAUUUGACUAUAAGUUGGACAAAACGAUAUGA